CGGACGAAUAGCAGAUCUCCGCCGUCUGAAAGGCUCGGCAUCAUCAUCAGCAUCAGCAUCAUCAUCAUCAUCACAGACACUGACAGACGCUCCGCGCGCGCGCUCAGACCCUUUUGUUUACAUUCCGCCCUCGGAGAAUCCGUAUACAUUGCACUCUUUUGGAAUGCCUCUACGUGACGUCAUGGGGGUAGACGUUCUAUUCGGAGUUCUAAAAUGAACACCUGUUAUGGUUCAGAUGGCAAGAAAAGAGGAGAGGCGACGUUUGGUGCUGAAGCGGACACACUGAAGCCUUCUAAUCUCCGCCAGCGCAACUAAAGCCGUUUAGGGAUCCAUUUAGUGAUAAGCCCGACUGCUGCUCUCUGACAGGGAACAUGGAUGGUGAGGAAUUUGCAAUGACGAGAGCGAUGAUGAUGAUGAGUGCAGUCGUACGGCUGCUCCUCUGUGGAAACUAGCCUAGAAGACACUCGCAUCGUUUUACUGUUAUAUAUUUUUAAAUAAUUUUUUCUCCAACCUCGGAUUAUUUUUUAAGUGAGAAACUACUACUUAAUCGUAUAACAUGGGAAAGGAUGAAUGCAAGACCAUGUUGGACGCUCUCAAUAAAGUGACCGCUUGCUACAGGCACCUGGUCACCGCUUUGGGGAGCACGUCGGAUUCCCAAAACCUCCGGGAGGAACUUAAAAAGACCAGAAAGAAAGCCCAGGAGCUGGCGGUGGCCAACAGGACUAAACUGACCGCUCUCCUGAAGGACAAAAGCAUCAGUAAAGAUGACCGAGCUGAGUAUGAGCGCCUCUGGGUGCUCUUCACCAGCAGCAUGGAGCUCCUGGAGGUAGACAUGAAGCGGUCUUUGGAGAUAGGGCAGGAUUUUCCUCUCAAAGUGCCAACUAGACACCUCAUCCAGACUGGAAUGACCGGCAGCACCACUACUGUGGCGGCUCGAGCAAUGAGCGUCCAAAACAUGAAGUACGAAGCCGACGCCAACAUCGACACGGUGGACCUCCGGGAGCUGGAAACUGAAAUCGCCCAGGUGGACCAGAUGAUGGAGGAGAUGGAGAUGAAGGUGCAGGUGGCGCCGUGGGCAGUGGAGGCGAAGCAGGAGGCGGGCGCCGAGUUAAAAUCCACCGUCAGUGUUGGCAAUUCAUCAGUCGGUGUCAUCUCAAUCUGCGAGGAGGAACCCAAAGAAACGGUGGAAGGAGAAAACGGGACGAUGAAAAUAUUCGCGGGCAUCAUUUUCACCGCUGUUUUGCUCAUAGCUGGAAUUCUGGGCUACCUGGUGAUUAAUCUAUAAUAUAGUUUUGGCGUGGAUGAAUGACAGAGGCUCAGGGCUUUAGAUGUUCUCACAGGCCUGUCAGGCACUGUAUGGUGUGUGUGGAGAUAAAAACAGAUCACCUCGCCGGGUAUAUAGGCCUAUUAAUAAAGAAAUGCACCGGUGUUUAAAGGGAAUAGCCAAAACUCCAUCGUGAAUGGUUCAUCAAGCUCAGAAGGUAAAAACUGCACAGAUCAUCACUGUCUCCGAUAAACUUUAGCUACUUUUAAGGUACACGGAAAACAAUAAGAGGUUUUCCGUAUUUUGUGAUUUAUAUUUUUAUU